CACUCCCCAAGAUCACGCUGCGGGGCGGAGCGUGCGCAGAGACCGCUUCCCCCCUUCCGGCACUUGCGGCAGCGGGAGCUCUGCGGAGGAGGCGCGGUAAAAUGGCGGCCGCCGCGCCCGCCGUCUGCUGGCUCAGCGCCGCCGCAGCCCUGCUCCUGGGGUGCUGCGGCACAGCGCUCGCCAGCAGCAUCCAGGAUCAAACAGAACAGUUCUUUAGAAGUGGACAUACCAAUAACUGGGCUGUUUUGGUGUGUACAUCUCGAUUCUGGUUUAAUUAUCGACAUGUGGCAAAUACUCUUUCAGUAUACAGAAGUGUCAAGAGACUUGGCAUUCCUGACAGUCACAUUGUCCUGAUGCUAGCAGAUGAUAUGGCAUGUAAUCCCAGAAAUCCCAAACCAGCUACUGUGUUUAGUCAUAAAAACAUGGAGCUAAAUGUCUAUGGAGAUGAUGUGGAAGUGGAUUACAGAAGCUAUGAGGUUACUGUUGAAAAUUUCUUGCGUGUAUUAACGGGAAGAAUCCCACCAAGCACACCACGAUCCAAACGUCUUCUUUCUGAUGACAGAAGCAAUAUUCUAAUAUAUAUGACAGGCCAUGGUGGAAAUGGUUUCCUGAAAUUUCAAGAUUCUGAAGAAAUCACAAAUGUAGAACUUGCUGAUGCCUUUGAACAAAUGUGGCAGAAAAGAAGGUACAAUGAACUCUUGUUUAUUAUUGAUACUUGUCAAGGAGCAUCCAUGUAUGAACGAUUUUAUUCACCUAAUAUAAUGGCCUUGGCUAGCAGCCAAGUUGGAGAAGAUUCUUUAUCACAUCAACCUGAUCUUGGGAUUGGAGUUCAUCUUAUGGACAGAUACACAUUCUAUGUGUUGGAGUUCUUGGAAGAAAUCCAUCCAGCCAGUCAGACAAAUAUGAAUGACUUAUUUCAGGUCUGUCCAAAAAGUUUGUGUGUUUCCACACCUGGGCACCGAACUGAUCUCUUUCAGCGAGACCCACAAAGUGUUCUGAUAACAGAUUUCUUUGGCAGUGUGAGAAAGGUGGAAAUUACAACAGAGACAAUUUCUUUGGACCGUGACAUAGCUGGCUUUGAAAGCAAGCUUCCAGCUGAUGAGUUGGCAACAGAACCACUGAAAUACGCUGAACAACUUCCUGUAGCUCAGAUAAUACACCAGAAACCAAAACAAAAGGACUGGCAUCCUCCUGGAGGAUUUAUUUUAGGACUCUGGGCAUUGAUCAUCAUGGUUUUCUUCAAAACAUAUGGAAUCAAGCACAUGAAACACGUCUUCUGAAUUCAAACAAACAAGAUUGCAUUGACUGCUACUUUGGAUUCAUUGGUGUCACCGGAGUGUAUUACAGUUGUAGUGAAAAGUGUUGAGAUUUCACUUCUAAAGGUUCUUUUGAAGUCAUCUCUUCUGCCCCUUUUUCUGAAAACUCUAACAAAUAGCUUUAAUGUUAGAUUUUUUUUUUAAAAACUGUCUUUUUAAAAAUCCCUCAGAAAAGCAUUAAAAAUUAUUUUUUCUUUCUAAUCAAGCUUAAAAAAGGGGGGGGAACCUAAAUGCAGUAUCAGAAUUUCUGAGGUUGAUUGUAAAUGGGCAAAUUCUUUCCCCCAUACUUCCAAGUAAAUCUUAGAAAUAGUCAACCUAUCACUAAGGACCUGGCCAUUGUGCAGAAUGUUAAGUUGUCAGUUUAUCAAUAAAAACUUUAGCCACCUUGCAGACUUUGCCAUGACAUAUGGCAAAGCUUUCUUCACAAAAAUACCAUAGAAUAUAUUGGAUUUUUUAUUCUUUUCUUUUUUCUUCCCUGUUAAAUACAACCCUUAGAUUGAUCCUCUCACCUUAGGCAGUUUCAAGUCUAGUAUUCUAUGAGUUGGUGAAAGUGAAAAAAAUAUAUAUGAUUACUUCAUUGAAUCUACUUCAAAAAUGCCAAAAAUUGCAGAACUAUGACUUCAUUGUGUCUGCUAGGAACUCUUCAUAGGUGUGUAUUUUCACUCCAUAUAAUGUGGAGUUGGAUGCUUUCAGGGUUUUCAGUGCACUGGAUUUUUGCACAGAAGAGAAUUGACUCUGGAUGAGAACUGUAAUAAAUUGUACUAUCUUAUUUCAUUAUUUUUUUUAAAAAUUCUGUUUCUGAGCCCUUGAAAAAAGCUUUCUCAUCUUGGUUUUGUUGAUUCUGUUUUGGCAUACUGGUUUGCUUUUCUUGGACAUAUACUGAUGAAUGUAUGCUGAAAAGGUUUUGUCUGUAUAAUGUCCUGAUAUUAGAGAACAGAAAAGCUAUUCUGUGCAUGUGUAGAAGCAACCCCAUUUGGCAAGGAGCAGCUUUUGUAGUAUGCUGUUCUCUAGCUUAAUCAUAAUAAAGCUUAUACGAUGUGUACAUGGUGUAAAUGCUAGAAAUUAUUGGAAAUUAUUUGUAAUCACACAUAAUAUCAGUGCCAGUGUAUUUUUCUUAGAAUAUGGUAUUGAGCAUUUUUAUAUUGCACAGAGCAUACAAAUUUGAGAACUCUAACUUUUUGUCCUUCUUUCUUCUCUCUCAGAUUGAUUGCUGCAUCAUAGCCUCAGGUCAGGGGUGGCAAACUCGGUGUAGCAAUCUCAUCAGAGAGCUGUGUGUAUACACAGCCUGGGAGGGCUACAGAGAAGGCAGCCAGUGAGGCUUCCAGCUGUUUCUAAGGGCUGAUGCCAGAGGAUAAUAAAACCAGCAGUGUACUACAUCUCUUGGGUAUUAAAAAUUUAUAUUUUUUUUUUCUCUACACAUCUUCAGGGCUUGGCAAGGAUAAAGAUAGACAAUGAUCCAUUAUCAGGUGGUAAACACUAUAAAGUUAUGGUAUUGAGAACUUUUUCUUGUAUUUUCAGUGAGCAGCAGGAACUGUUUUCAGUAGUCUGCUGAGCACUAAAAAUAGGAAUGAAUCUGUGUUUAAACCAAAAGCAUUGCUACACCACUGUCCUUCUCCUAUACUGAUAUUUGAGAGUCUUCUGAUGCACCCUUCCUAAGCAAUGACUUCAUAUCCAAAAUCCAAUUAAAGGGUGACUUUUUUUAAAAUAAGAAAAACUUCCCCCCUCUCACCCUCCUCAGCUGUUUCUAAUGCAGUAAAUCAACAGUUUUUUAAUCCA